AUGGCUGGGUGCAGCACGGUGGCCGGGUGCGCAGGUGUGUACUUGUGCUUCCGGGCAAGUUCAACGCACGCAAGGUGGACAGCAGGCUUCCUCUUGUGGACCUGGAUUCUGGGGCUGGUCCAGACGGAUGGAAUCCAGAACAUCCAGUUCCUCGUGGGACCUGGACGAGAGGAUCCCCGGUUCAGGCUGACCAAGCUGAGCAAUGACAUUUUGCGGCCCAUACAGGAAGUUUGGCUCAUUCUGCUUUCCGUGCAACGCCUAAACUCGUUGCAGAGCUCUGCCGAGUACGAGUUCAUCCCCAACUUGAGAAGGGUGUUUUGGGCAGUCGGCCUUGUGUACAUUCUGGGCCAGGUUGUGGGCAUGGCUGUGGCGCUCACAAUGCCUUUGCCUACACCUAUGAGCCGAGGUGUCGACUUUUUGCAGGAUGCGAUUUUCUGUGGCUUUGUUUGGCUUUGCGCGCGGAUUCUGAUGGCCUAUGUGCAGGUUUUGAGGCACCUCAAAGAGGCAGACGCAGAGGCCACAGGCCUGGGACAGCGCGCGUCGGCGGCAGCAGAGGCUGUGAGGCGCGCGCAGCGGGCCAUGCGCAAAGAGACCUGGGGCCUCGCGCUCGCCUUUGCCAGCACCUUUGGCGCCUACUGCCUCGCCCGGGUGCUGAUCAACUUCAACCGUUUCGGUGAGCUGCCCUACAUUCUCAUGGUGGUGCUGCUGGGCAACACCUUGGGCUCUUGGUUUCUGUCCAACGCCCACAAGCUGCCAAGAGGAGCCAGAGCAGAGGUGAAGCCGAGCAAGUCGAAACUGCCAACUCGCAAGGCUGUCAAGAGAUCGCGAACGGUGCCCCAGAAGUCGGAUGACGUGGAUGCGUGGCACCAGAAGGUCAAGGAGCUCUCGGUGAGGGGCAUCACUGCGCAGGCCUUGCUCCAAUUCUACCAAGAUCUUGGGCGCACCAUGCCACACUACAGGCCUCAGGUCCAUACGACCCUGGAUGUGGUUCGGCAAGCCAUCAUUCCGGCGACCCAGGUACGGAGCUGUGCAUUUUCGUGCAUCGUCAGUGAGCCUCGGUUUCCCGACAAAAUGGUGACACACUCCUGGCAAAACCUGUUCCGCGACUUGGUGGCUGCCGUGAUCGCUGAUGCCGUUGGCGAGAACAGCUUCGAAAUGGUGGCAAAUCUGCUGGAGCACGAUGCAUACAUCUUGGGGAGGUUGAUGAAGCAGCGGCACACUGCUAAUCGGGUGUAUUGGAUCUGUGCCUUCGCGGUGAACCAGCAUUCAGCCAUCUGCGAGAACCACGAUGGCGAUUGUGAUUCCUUGACUGGACAGGUCCAUCCUCGCUGCCGCUGCAGCCAUCCGAAGAUCUUCAGCAACACGCCGCCGCUCUUGCAGGUGAACAAUCAGAGCAUCUACUGCGAGAUGAACAAGUUUGACGACAUGAUGGCCAUGGUGGCAGCAAACAAGCCGAGUUUCUCGCAGGUGGUUGCUGUGGACUCAAGGUUCAUUCUCUUCCGCAGGGCAUGGUGUGUUGCAGAAAUCGUCGAGGCAGAUUCAGCUGGCCUGAAGCAGCACGUACAGGUUCAUUCCAGGAAAGUCUUGAAAGACAAUGAGGAGAGUCUGCGUACGCUGAAGGUGGAGGACAUGACGGCUUCCAAUGCAGAAGAUGUAGACUUUAUCCUGAACAGGAUCAGCGACAAGCGCGUAUUCAACAAGAGGCUCCAACAGCUGAUUUUUGAUGAUCAUGGGCUUUUGAGCAACUGGCACCAGUUGGACACCCUUCAUCAGAUGCACGAGAUUGGAAACCUUCUGAAGUGGAUGAUGGCUGACGGCGGACUGGGCCUUAUUUGGAAAUACUGGGGGCCGAAGUCGCGCAGGGCUCGAGGGCCGAACUGCGCCGCCAUGGCCGCCGAAAGCGAGUCCUCAACGACGCCUCCGGUCCUGCAGGAGGGGCUACAUGAUCGCGCUCCGAGCCGGGACUUGGCAGAGGAGGAGGAGGUUGCACUUGACCGUUCGUGGACCCGUGUAGAGCGGCCCACUGCAGGUGAGGUCCCGGAGCCUGAAGUUGAGGCCACAGGUUAUGGAUCGUUGCGAGCACGCUUCAGCUUCCGCUUCAGGUCCUUUCGGCGCCUGGCUAGCCUGCAUGAGCCGCGACCUCCGGCUGGCACAGCGGAUGAGAAAGAAGCGAGCGCCGAGGGGCAGGAAGAUACGUUCUCGCCGAUGAAGCUUCUUCUGUAUUCCCUCUGCUUCCUCGCCGGCGCGACCGUUCCUGUGCUGCUGGUGAACAUCGUGAAGGUUCUUUUCCGAACGGUCUUGGAGGUGGGUGGAUGGGCAGCCUGCGCCAUUACUGCCAUGGUUGCGCUGAUGCUGCCCCCGGCGCCGAAGAGGACACCGAUGAAGCUGGCUUACCCUUUGGCGGCCGGCUUUGGGUGGUUUGCAGCCUUUUUCGUCAGCAUCACGCCGCACAUAUGGAGUGCUAUCGUGGUUCCAUGUGGUCUGGCCUACGCCUACUUUGUGCAUGCAGAGGAGGAGUCUGUCUCCUGGUGGUGGACCCGUGAAGAUGCAGUCCGUAUCCUGAGUGUCCUCGAGAACGUGACGGAGUUUAAUGUUGUGCGUGCGGCUGUCGGCAGCACUGCCAAAGUCUUGAUGGGUGGCUUCGCGCAGAUGUGGAUGGCUUCGAAGGUCUUGAAUGUCGUGGGCGAGGUGCUGCGAGGCGGUGCAGCGCGCGGCCUCUGCACCCUCAGUGCACUGUCAGGCAUGGUCGCAGCUUGCUUCCUGCACACGUGGUGGCUCAACACCACCAGCCUGGCUCAGGCCUUCGAUCCCCCGACAUCCAUCGCCCUGAUCCUCGGCUUGUUCCACUGGUUGGUGAGCAAGUUCAUCGCGAACGGGACGAAGAUGGGCAAGACCAUCUUGAUAGGCCACGUGCUCGCCAUGACGGGCCUGUUCAUGGACUCCUACUACAAGGGACAGAUGUCUGGUGCAUCGCUCUUUGCUUCGGUGUGCUUUUUCUCCAUCCUGGCCGCCUGUAAGACAAUGGAGGAGCUUCGAGCGCGGUGGAAGCCAGACUUCUAG